UGUAUUUCAUGGCAGAAUCCAGGCCUCAAGAAAGCAUUUCUUCAUUCGAGCUUGCUGAUUCAACUUUAUGCUCUGCGUACCGUGUCCCUUCACGUCCUCCCUCAGCGUGAUUCCUUCAGGGUCAAUAACCGACCAGCAAUUCAACCAGCUUCCUAAGCAAAGCAGGCUCGAGCAGGCUCAGAAGCCUUACUAGCGCGCUCCCAUCAUGGCGUGCACGGCAACGAUACUACCUCAGCGCACGCUCGCUCCGGUAGUCGUGGCGAAGGCGGAGAGCUCAUCCGCAUCCCGACCACUCAGAGCCUCGCCUCCAUCUCGGCCCAUCAGCGGUGGCGACGCGCUUGCGACACGCCCGAGGUCGACCGGAAUCGCAAGGGGCAAGCCCAUGGGAACCGAGCCGCAUGUUAACCUUAACGACGUGAGCGAGGAGGAGAAGGAGCGGCUGCUGGCGGCGGCGCAGAAGAAGAUCGCGAAGGAGCUGAAAGAGCGCGAGGAGAAGCUCAAGCUGGACGCCGCCAGAGCGCAUCUCGACCACGAGCUCAAGUUCGGAAAGAUGAUGUUCGACCAGGGCAAUUUCGAGACGGCGAUGACGCACUACAACAAGGUGCUGAAGCAGGCGGGCGAGCAGACGUACCACCACGGGGAGGCGACGCUGCAGAAGGCGGCCUGCCUGGAGAAGCUGGGGCGCGACGCCGAGGCCAAGAGCCUGUACGAGUCGCUCAUCCAGUUCCGCGCGCCAUACCCCAACAUCAAGCGCCGCGCCACGGAGGCGCUCUUUGGAACCAACUCGGAACAAGCUAAGGAGACGUCGCUGUUUGAUGACUACAUGUACAGGAUGUUCCUGUCCGGGUUUGGGAAUUACAUGCCCAAGACCAAGUAUGUGGAGACGAAGCAGGAGAAGAUGCUGAUCCAGCUGCUGCCGUGGACGAUCCUGGCCAUGGCGCCGCUGCUCUUCGUGUGGCUCAUGGUUAGAGGCGACUAGCGGUUUGCUGAUUGAGCGGCUCAGGGGAAUACCGCCUUGGUGAACUCCUCCUAGCCUGUCGUGGAAACAGGUCUUGUGUGUCUUUUUGGUGAAUGUUGAUGCUUGUGUUGACCCACUGUGGUGUUAUUAUUUGAGUCAGCUUGUACAGCUUUCCCAGCUUUCCUUUGCACACCAGUGUUGAUCAGCCCAACAACCAGUGAGCGUGCUUUCACGAGAAGCGACCAACACC